CAGUGAUUAAAGUAAAGAAACAAUGGCCAGCAAUCACAAAUCUUCAGCAGCUCGCCCUGUUUCAAGAGGUGGAGUUGGAUUAACAGGAAGGCCUCCUUCUGGGAUACGACCCCUAUCAGGAAAUAUUCGAGUGGCAACUGCAAUGCCACCUGGGACAGCAAGACCAGGUUCUCGUGGUGGUCCCACAGGGACUGGUGGAGUUCUGUCUUCUCAAAUCAAAGUUGCCGAUCGCCCUGUAACACAACAAGGUUUGACUGGAAUGAAAACUGGGAUGAAAGGUCCCCAGAGGCAAAUUUUAGACAAAUCUUAUUAUCUUGGGCUUCUUAGAAGUAAAAUAAGUGAACUUACAACAGAAGUUAGUAAACUUCAGAAGGAAAUAGAAAUGUACAAUCAAGAGAAUUCAGUAUAUUUGUCGUAUGAAAAGAGGGCUGAGACUUUAGCUGUUGAAAUAAAAGAGUUUCAAGGACAACUAGCAGACUACAACAUGUUGGUAGAUAAACUUAAUACCAACACUGAAAUGGAAGAAGUAAUGAAUGAUUACAAUAUGCUUAAAGCUCAAAAUGAUCGAGAAACACAAAGUAUGGAUGUCAUAUUUACUGAAAGACAAGCGAAAGAAAAACAAAUGAGAAGCGUAGAAGAAGAAAUUGAACAGGAAAAACAAGCAGCAGAUGACAUUAUCAAAAAUAUGUCUCUUGAAAACCAAGUCAAGUACCUAGAGAUGAAAGCCACAAAUGAGAAACUGUUACAGGAAUUAGAUACACUUCAACAACAAUUGGAUUCACAGAACAUGAAGAAAGAGAGCAUGGAAGCAGAAAUAGCUCACUCCCAGGUGAAACAGGAGGCUGUAUUGCUGCAUGAAAAGCUUUAUGAGUUGGAGUCCCAUCGAGAUCAAAUGAUUGCAGAAGACAAAAGCAUAGGAUCUCCAAUGGAAGAGAGAGAGAAAUUACUUAAGCAGGUUAAAGAUGAUAAUCAGGAAAUAGCCAGCAUGGAAAGACAGUUAACAGAUAUAAAAGAAAAGAUAAAUCAGUUUAAUGAAGAAAUUAGACAACUUGAUAUGGAUUUAGAGGAACACCAAGGUGAAAUGAACCAGAAAUACAAGGAGCUAAAAAAAAGGGAGGAAAAUAUGGACACUUUUAUUGAGACUUUUGAGGAAACAAAGAAUCAGGAACUGGAACGAAAGGCACAGAUAGAAGCCAACAUUGUUUCACUCUUGGAGCACUGUAGUCGAAAUAUAAAUCGUAUGAAACAGAUAUCCUCUAUCACCAAUCAAGAGCUAAAGAUGAUGCAGGAUGACCUCAAUUUUAAAUCUACUGAAGUGCAGAAAUCACAAAGUACAGCUCGGAAUUUGACUUCAGACAGUCAACGUCUGCAGUUGGAUCUGCAGAAAAUGGAGCUUCUAGAAAGUAAGAUGACUGAAGAACAGCAUUCUCUAAAAAGCAAAAUUAAGCAAAUGACAACUGAUCUGGAGACAUAUAAUGAUUUGCCAGCUUUAAAAUCAUCAGGUGAAGAAAAGAAAAAGAAAUUACAUCAGGAGAGAAUGAUCUUAUCAACCCGCAGAAAUACCUUUAAGAAAAUAAUGGAGAAGCUAAACAUAGAACAUGAGGCACUAAAAACACAAUUGCAAGAAAAUGAGACACAUUCUCAGCUUACAAAUUUGGAAAGAAAGUGGCAACACCAUGAGCAAAAUAAUUUUGUGAUGAAAGAAUUCAUAGCAACCAAGAGUCAAGAGAGUGAUUACCGGCCAAUUAUGAAAAAUGUGACCAAGCAGAUUGCAGAAUACAAUAAAACCAUCGUGGAUGCUUUACAUAGCACUAGCGGAAACUGAGUUUAAGUCAACUGAAAGUCUCUAAGGAAGUAUCCUCUUGCUGCUAAACUUGGUACAAGUUGACUACAAAAAAAAAAAAAAAAAAAAGCUUACCUUUGGAGUUUACCUAAAAUUCCUGAAUGUUAUAAUUUUUGUGGCCUCUUUUAAAAAUGAUAUUUUAAAAUAGUCAAUAGUUCAGUAAAUGGUUUGCAUGUUAAAAAA